AUGAAACUCAUUGACACAUUUUCACAUUUGUUGCUGUAUGGUGGUUGUGCUCUAGCUGGUAGCUUCAACAUAUUAACUUUCAAUGUUGCUGGUCUUCCUCAAGCGUUACAAGGUAACGGGAUACCUAUUGAUAAAGAUAUCGCUACAGAACAUAUUGGCAAGGCUUUCAAAGAUCUUAAGGAUGAUUUAGAUGUGAUUCAUGUUCAAGAAGAUUUCCAUUAUAAUGAUAUCUUGUAUAAAUAUGAUAAUCAUCCAUACAGAUCUCAAACUUCAGGUGAUGUCCCCAUUGGAAGUGGAUUAAACACUUUAUCCAAUUUCCCCUUUUCUAUAUCAAUAGAAAUAAAUGGGAUAAUUGAAGGUGCUAUAGUUAAUUUUAUAAAUUUACAUUCUGAUGCUGGAACAAAAGAUCAAGAUAAUGAUGCUAGAAAUAAGAAUUUACAACAAGUUGCCAAUUAUAUUGAUCAAUUCUUACAUGAUGAAGCUGUUAUAAUAUUUGGUGAUUUUAAUUCAAGAUAUUAUUAUCCACCUGAUAAUAUUGAAGUUUUCAGAUUACAAAAUGGUUUGAAAAAUCCGUGGGUUGAUUUAGAAAGAAAUGGAAUUGAACCAAUUAAAGGUCAACCUGUACCAAAAUGUUCUUUACCUGCUACAAAUAACUCAUGUGAAGUUGUUGAUAAAGUUUUCUAUAGAGGUAGUAAAACUAUUGAACUGAAAGCUGAAGAUUUUAGAUAUGCAGAUGAUCUAUUUACUUAUGAAGGUCAUCAAUUAUCAGAUCAUAAUCCAAUAUUAACAAAUUUCUCUUAUACAUUAUCACAAGAUUUCAAAAAUUCAAAUUAUAGUGGUGGGUUUUAUGGUGCCUAUUUUAAUGAUUUAGGUCAAAUUUCCAAAGGUGUCAAGACAACAAGACUUUCUUUUAAAGGUAAUGUUGGUUUAGAUUUAGUUUCAUUAACAUUGGAUGAUGGUACCUCGUUUAAUCAUGGUGGUAAUGGUGGAUUAUUAAAAGAAUUAGAAUUACAACAAGAUGAAUAUUGGACAAAGUCUUAUCUUUGUAAACGUGAAGUUGAUAAUGAACUUAAAAAUGUUUAUAUAAAUGGAACAACAUCUCUAGGAAGUACUAUUGAAGCUGGUUCACCUACUAAUGAUUGUCAAUAUUUUGAAGCUCCAGAUGGAUAUCAAAUAACAGGAUUUUUCGGUCAAGGUGAUGAUAGUGUUAAUUUAUUAGGUUUUAUUUAUAGUAAAAUUGAAUCAUGA